AAAAGGCCAACAAAUCAACGCAGAUCGAUUAGUGCUUUGAGUGAAAGCCAACUGAGAAGUUGCCAACUCCCACAACAUCUCUCUGUGUGUGUGCCUGUGUGUGUGUGUGAUUAGCCCCGUUUUAAAAGCCAGUGCCUAAAUGCUCUGUCCGCCCACAAUGAGACCGGCCAGUCCUGCCGAAUCCGAGAUUUCCGUCGGCGGCGCUCCCAGCCCGUUGCCGACGCAGCACCAUCAGCUGCAUCAUCCGCGCGCCGCCACCAUUGAUCUUCUCCAGCAACAGCAGCUGCUGAUGCAGCAACAUGCUGCCGCUGCCGCCGCCGCCGCCGCUGCUGGCCUGACACGCAGCGCCGUCGGUGCGCUGCCGGAGGAUUAUUUUCAACCGCUAAAGCGCCUGCGCAUGUCCUCCUCCUCCUCGGAGCCGCGGGAACAAACACCCAGUCCACCGGCAGCGGCACCGGCACCGCAGACCAACACCAACACCACCAAGUCAGCCAUUGAGGGCGUCAAGAGCUUCUCCAUUGCAGACAUUCUGGGACACUCGGAGAAGCAGCGCUGUGCCUCCAGCUCGCCACCUCCGGCUUCCACACUGCUGGCUCCACCCGCUGCUCGUCCAGCCGCUGGUCUGCUGCAACCCCGCACUGAGCCGCUGGACAUGCAUCCAGCAGCGGCUGCCAUGUUGCUGCCCGGUGGCCAGAUUGUGCGUCCGUGGGAUCAUCUGCUGGGCCCAAUGCCCGUCCGACCCUUCAUUCCCUCGGCCCUGCUGCACUACGAGCAGCGCCUGGCCCUGGACUACCAUCGCCAGCUGCAGGAGCACUUCAAUGCCCAGGCCCAGCUGCUGCGUCACAUGGGCAUGGACAUUAUUCCCUCCGAGAGCGGCUCGGAUCGUUCCAGCUCCGCUGCCAGCGAUUGCUGCUCCCCGGAGAUAGUCAGGGAUUCAGCUGCUGCCGCUGCCGCCGCCGGCGCAGCAGCUCGUCGCAGUCACAGCCCUCAGUCAUCGUCCCAGGCAGCCAAAGCCAAUGGCACACCACUGGAUGCACUCUUCCAGAUGACCACCAAGGACUUUGACGAGUCACAAGAUAAGUCGCACUUGGAUAUAUUCUCGAACCGACCGCAGCCCAAGAAGAAACGCAAAUCACGCACUGCAUUUACCAACCAUCAGAUCUUUGAGCUGGAGAAACGCUUUCUCUAUCAGAAGUAUCUAUCGCCCGCGGAUCGUGAUGAGAUCGCUGCCUCGCUGGGACUAUCGAAUGCACAGGUGAUCACCUGGUUCCAGAAUCGUCGGGCCAAGCAGAAGCGAGACAUCGAGGAGCUCAAAAAGGACUUUGAUAGCGUCAAAGUCUUCUCGGCCCACAAAUCAUUUCUCGAGAAUGUCAACGAUCUGAGCAUCCUCAAGAAGAAGCCCAUGCACGAGGCUGAUAUGGUUGGCCUGGCUGCAGCUGCUGCCGCCGCGGGAAUGGUGGGCGUGCCCGUUCCCGUUUCCGUGUCCGCUGCCCAAUCCCUGGGAGCGCCACCCAAAUGAGUGGGCGGUGGGAUGCGUACAGCGCAUAUGCAACCUGAUGAAUGGUACAGAAAGUGAGCAAAGUAUUGAGGGCGACAUUAUCAUCAAACGACUGCGAGACGAGUUGUGCAUUUUGUUUAAUUUUGGAGCCACAGUGCAAGGAGAAGGGAAUAGGAGCUAAAGCUAAGGCCUUAAGCUCCAGUUAUCCCCUCAGCACCUGUAGCAAGUGGAAGAGCCAGGGAGAGAGAGAUAGAGAUUAAAGAUGGAGAGACUCCGCUGUGAGUCUCUUGUGAUUUUAUUUGACACGGAUGUGACAAUCGAAUUAAUGUGGCAAAGGCACAAAGCAUACAAAAUGCAAGCCAAGCGGAAGCCAAACAAGGACUAAGGCCAUGAAUGAGGCAUGCAACAGCAUGUAUGUGGCCUGAGAAAUCCGGACUAAGGUCUAUUAUGGCCAAAUCAUGCAACAGGCAACAACAAAACCCACCAGCUUCGACACAAUUAACAAGCAAUGAAUUUUAAUCCAAUCGGCUCUUUUCAGAGCCACCAAAAAAUACAGCAAAGAGUAUAAAAACUUUUCGAACAUUGACCAAUUUAAAAAAAAUUAUUUCCAA